ACAGACGAUUUCAUAACGUUGCUUCAAUUUUGCUGUAUCACUCGAGAUAGAAAGAAGUAGAUGAAAACGUUUCACGCUGUUUAGAAUAUUACAAAAACAUGUUUGAGCUCCAGGAUUCAAACUCGACGAUAAAUUUGUUAUUUACAAUGGAUGAAAAUACAGUGCAAGUUGUGCCGACGAAUCAAUCCGGCACCAUUACAAUAGAUAGCAACGGAUAUAUUCACGGAAUACCCACGUGCGUUACAUCAUGUGAUACUGUAGAUGAUACUGAAAUCAGCAACGCAUAUAACAGCGGUGCUACAAACUUUUUAAGCGCUGAUGCAAUGGACAUUACAGGGUACGAGCAAGUACAAACAGUUGCUGACCCAUCUUCGAUUAUGGAAAUGUACAACAUAAAGGACAAAGACCUAGCGGAUGCUGCGGCAAAGGCUAUGGUAGACGGCAAUAUGACGCCUUUGAUUAAGGAGGAAUUAAAGUGCUCCAUUCAGUCAAAGAGAUUAAAAGCUGGAAAACCAGAACUGAAAGUAGAAUUCACAGAUCCAGAACCGUGUCAGUUAACGGAAACAGAGCAGAUGAAGGUAGAAAAAAGAAAAAUCCAGAAUCGGUUAGCAGCGCAAAGGUUUCGUAAUAAACAGAGAAUAAGAGGGGACCAGCUACACAAGGAAUGUCUGAAGCUACAGUCGGUACAGACUCAACUAAGAUUCGAACUUUCUCAGGUAAAGAAAGAACGCGACGAGCUGAAACAAAAGUUGCAGGACCAUUACGCAAUAUGUCCAUUGCGAUAUACUACGCAAUAUUACAAUCAGCAAAACAGCACAGGGUGAAUAAAUUGAACGUGCGCGAAUCAUCCAACCAAAAACAGAUGAAAACUAUACCAAAAAAAGUUUUGUAAUGUAUCAUUUACAUAGCUUUAUAUAACAGGAGCUUUUUUUCAGAAGUCACCUAUUUAUAUCGAAGCUGUACUGAUAUGUGGUGGGAGUGGAGACUUAGACAACUUCCGGUUAAAAAUGUUGACUGCGGGCACUUUAAUACAGUGAAUUAAUAAACAAUGUUAUCCGGAGCACGUGCGUGUGUCAGUGACGGAUAAAUGUGUGAUUCUAAGUGAUAAAUGAUUAUUGGUCAUUCUGGAAAAAAAAACAACA